AUGCGGGUUCUUUUUUGGAAUAUCAAUGGUGUUGCGCGUACAGCAGCACAUUCUAAGCUUAGGGAGCUGAUUAGAGAUUUCCAUCCUGAAGUUUUUGGUCUUGCUGAACCAAAAGUGGCGUGCUCAGCAAAUUUUGGGAGGAGGCUAAUUUCUGAAGGUUAUUCUUCGUUUAUUAUUAAUAAUUCUGCUAAUUCUGGUAUUGCAAAUCUUUGGAAAGGUGGCUUGGAAAUAAGAUUGUCUGUUAUUGAUGAUUUCAGUGAUUGGAUGGAUGACAAUAAUCUUUUUGAAUCGGAUUCCUUGGGAAGCAAAUUCACUUGGUGUAAUAGGCAAUCUGGUACUAGGCGUAUUAUUAGUAAGUUGGAUCGUGCAAUUAUUAAUGCGGCUUGGCUUGCUAAAUUUGAGAAUUGGCGGCCUUGUCGAGCUCCUUUUCGUGUUCAAAAGAUGUGGUUUUUACAUGGGGAUUUUCUUCGGAUGGUCAAUGAGAGUUGGACUUUGUCUGUUCAUGGUUCUCCUGAUUUUAUUUUCCCUUAUAAAUUGAAGCGGCUGAAGAUUGCAAUGAAGGAUUGGAAUCUGAGGAUUUUUGGUAAUGUGAAUUCUCGUUUGAAGCAAGACCAACUUCGUUUUGAGACAACAGCUCUUAUUUCAGAUGAGGAUCCUAGUAAUACUGCUAAACUAAAUGCAAUGAAAACUUUAUGUGAUACUCGUUUGCAACAGUUAACUAUGCUCAAGCAAAAGUCUAGGAACAAAUGGUUGGUGGAGGGUUCAAGUAAUUCCAGUUUCUUUCAUAAUAGUAUUAGAAUUAGAAAAAGUUCUAAUACUAUUUCGGAACUUGUUGAUAUGAAUGGGACUUGUUUGACAAAUUAUGAGCAGCUUCGUAAUCAUGUAGUUCAGUUCUAUGAAGAUAAGUUCAAUGGCCAAGAUCCGGUGAUAGAAGGUGAUUUAUUUGAUUUUGAGCAUGCUUCAAUUUCUGUUGAGGAGAGCAACGCCAUGGAUAUGAUUCCUUCCCCGGAAGAAAUUAAGCAAGCUGUUUUUGAUCUGAGUGCGGAUAGUGCCCCAGGGCCGGAUGGUUUCUCUGGUUGUUUCUAUCGUCAUUGUUGGGAUAUUAUUCAUGAUGAUUUAACCAAGGCCAUUAUUCAUUGUUGGAAUGCGGGUAGUAUUCCAAAUGGUGUUAAUUCAUCUUUUAUCAUCUUGCUGGCUAAGUCUGCUAGAAUUUCUGUCAUUUUGAAUGGUAGUCCGGAAGGUUACUUCAAAAUUAACAGAGGUUUGCGUCAAGGUAAUUCCAAAAGUCUUCAUAAUCUUGUAGACUUGUUGGGAAGAUAUCAGCGUGCUUCAGGUCAGACUGUUUGUCGUCAAAAGAGUAAGAUUUAUUAUGGUGGUGGUUCUUCGAGUUGGUGUAAUUAUAUUGCAUCUUAUUUGGGGAUGAGUGUAGCUACUUUUCCGGACCGCUAUUUGGGAGUUCAAAUUAUGCCAGGUAUUGUUCGAUAUCGCCAUAUUAGCAAUGUUGUUGAAAAGAUUAGAGAUCAGCUUGCUGGUUGGAGAGGGAGGUUAUUAUCUUUUCAUGAUCGCAUUGUUCUUGUUAAAUCAGUUAUUGCCAGUUAUUACAUUCAUAAUAUGGCUAUUUAUAAGUGGCCUCGUAAGUUUAUUCUUCAAUGUGAGAGGGCUAUCCGUAACUUUAUUUGGUCCGGUGAUUCGAACAUUAAUCGUGUAGUGGUAGUGGCUUUUGAUAAAAUCGGUUGCCCUUGA